AUGUAUGUGAUCGACCCAGCCAAUCCGGUUUCGCAGCUGUCUACCCGUGGACAUCACUCGACUUGUGGUCCGUUGAAUAACGGGGUGGCCGAGUGGGAUGUCGCUGAACCGUAUGAUGUCGAUCCAAUGGUUUUCGAACAAUGGAGUCCUCUCGAUAUCUCCCAGUACCCAUCCCUUAAACGGUACACCGUCACCAAGGUCUGGCUGCCGGUCGCCAAGAGAUAA